AUGGCUUCAAAUUUUCAAAUUCAAAUGGAAAAAUUAAGUAAGGAUAAUUAUGACACAUGGCGUCUUCAUAUGGAGGCAGUUCUUGUAAAGUAUGAUCACUGGGAGUAUGUGGACGGAACCACAACUAGACCUGAAGAUGAUGAGGUUGCAGCAGCAGCGUGGGACAAAAGGGACAGGAAAGUAAAAUCUGACAUCAUCCUCGGAAUUAGUCCUACAGAAUUAGGUCACAUCAAGAACUGUACAACAUCAAGAGAAUAUCAACAAACACCACAGAAACGUUUCAAUUGCAAUUAUUGCAAGAAAUUUGGUCACAAGGCGGCUGAUUGCAGGAAAAAGGCUGCUGAUCAAAAACCAUUUUCGUCGAAUGCAACAGAAGAAGAAGAAGCUUUUAUUGUCACUCACUUGGAAGACGAUCCUGUAAAUGAAAAAGCAACUUUCGCUUGUGCCUUUUGUGUCGAAUCCACGUCAAACAAUAUUUGGUGCAUGGACAGCGGUGCCACAUCACAUAUGUGUCGAAAUAGGAAGUGCUUUUCGGAAAUUACGCAAGUUGAAAAUCAAAUGGUUAGACUGGCCGUAGACAAAACCACGCAUAUUCUCGGAAAAGGCACUGUUCAUCUUACUUUGAAAAAUGGCUGUCGAGAACAAAAAAUUCUAUUAGAUAAUGUACUUUAUGUUCCUGAGUUGAAAACCAAUCUUUUUUCAGUUUCAAAAGCCACAAGAGGAGAUCGCAUAAUAACGUUUAAUGAAACCGAUGCAGAAGUGAGAAAUAAAAUGAACGAAAUUAUUUUUAAAGGUAAAAGAAGAGGUGAAUUGUAUCUUAUUGAGCCGAAAAACGAAGUAAAUAGUGAAACAAAUCAUUCAACGAAAUUUCAUGCCAAAAUCGCGUUAUUAACUACAGAACCGAAACCGGAAACAGAAACGUGUUCUACAGCUGAAAUUUUAAAUAAGUCAAGCGAAAUAAAUAAAUGGCAUUGGUGA